AAAAGAGGCCAGCGUAAGGAUCCUCUCGAUGGAGAAGAAAGAAAAACUCGCACUAUGUUAUAAUGGGCGAUCACAGAGAAUCCUACGCUUUGCGAUCCCAAGUUUUUCUCUUCUUUGAGGUCAAGUAAGAAGGCGCGAACUCCCUUGAAACGAUUGAACUGAUUCUGCAGAGUAGCUGAUUGAAGAUAGAGAAAGGUUUUGUUCUUGUGUGUUUUUGGCGUAGAUCUCCAUGAAGAACACGAGGAAGAAGAAGAAGCGAUCGUCGGCGCCCAAGGCCACCUGCAAAGGCGUUGUGGGGAGCAAGGAUGACGGGAAAGUAGGAAGAGGGGGGUUUGAAGCAGAAGAUGAGCAAAAGGUGCUGGAGAUGUUGGUUGGGUCAAUCUCCUUAUCUUCUCCGGAGGAAUCUGCUUUGGCAUAUAAAGAUGCCGAGGCUGAUCUCGACAAAUCCGCUCAAAUUCCGAUGGGAAGCUUUGUGGACAAUGUUAAGGAUUCUUCCACUUGUUCUAGUUCUAGUGGAUUUUCAGGUCUGGACUUGGCAUCAACUUCGGGUUCGUCUGAAGGGUUUAUGGAGUCAAAUUAUACGGAUAUGAGAAGUGCCAAUGGAUUUCGAAGGGGUAAGCAGAAGAAGAAGGUAUCCGCAGCUAUGGGUACUGUUUCCACGGUUUUGGGCAAGGAUUAUAUGAGACGGAACUCGACUAGGCCCAGUGGAUAUCAUAAUAAUAAAGCCGUUGAAAAGGCGGAGGUGGAGCAGUUUCUGUGCUCGAUGCUGGGAAAUAAUUGUGACAUCAGUUUGGCUGUUGUUAGAGACGUUCUAUGUCAAUGUGGAUAUAAUGUCGAUAAGGCCCUGGGCGUGUUGCUUGAAAUGUCUAUGCCUUCCCAUCAACAAUCCGAGAAUCAUAGACAUCCUGAUGGCACAACUGAUAAUAUUGAUGAUGUCGGGUUUCCUGCUUACUAUGACAAUCUGGUAGAUGGUAGAUCGGAGUGCACAUCGUUUUCAUCAGAAGGUGAAUUUUCUGACAAUUUGUGGUCCCUGGGAUCUUUUCACAGGAAUUAUGCAGAGGUUCUCUCUGGUUCUAAAGCUAAAUAUGAUAAUAGCUUUGGAAAUUUAAAGUCAGAUCUUCCUCAGAAGGUGUUGGAAUCUCUGUUUGACAUUCACAAAAGUACUGAACAUGACAAAGAUGUCAUAAACUGGAGAAAUGUUGCAAAGAAAAUGCGGUCUUUGGCGCCUCAAUUUAAUGCUUCUUCUGGUGUUGCCGAAUCUGAGCAACAUAGUUAUGCUAAAGGAGAUGACUAUUAUGUGUUUAGGGAAGAUGCAAAGCAGCACUGGGAUUCAAUGAGAUCUUAUUAUCAGAAAGCUACAGCUGCAUACACCAAAAAAGAUCGAGCACAUGCAGCAUAUCUUUCUGACCAGGGAAAAGAACAAAGGAACUUGGCUCAGAAGGCAGAUGCAAAGGCAAGCCAUGACAUAUUUAUGGCCAGAAACAAGGAUAUAGAAAAUGUCAUAACUAUUGAUUUGCAUGGGCAGCAUGUCAAACCAGCAAUGAGAAUGCUUAAACUACACCUCCUAUUUGGAUCUUUUGUUCCCUCUGUCCAGACACUAAGGGUUAUCACAGGAUGUGGAUCACAUGGUGUGGGAAAGUCGAAGCUGAAACAAUCAGUUGUAAAGCUUCUGGAAAAGGAGAAUAUUGAAUGGCAUGAAGAGAAUCGGGGGACUGUGAUUGUCAAACUUAGUGGAUCCAGAGAGUUCAGUUUUCUGGACUCUGACACUGAUAGUGAUUGCAAUUAAAUUAUUGUAUCAAGGUACUAUAGGAAUAUCAGUUUGUAACGGGUAAGAUAAUUUCGAAGGCUAACAAUUUCUCUAGACACAGACUAUGCUAGCGCAGCUUUUGGUUCUUACUGUUAGUGGCUCUGAGGGGGUGGAAAAUUUGGGGUGUGCUCUGCACAGAACCUAUAAUUCCAUUGAUAAGGCUUGGUUUAAGAUAUUACCGCAGUUGUACAUACGUCCAUGUAACAGCUAUUUCUAACUUGCAAUGAAGUCUUGAAUUAUUUCCUCUUA